AUGAUGAUGCCAUCGAGUUUGGGUGGCGAUAGUGGAAGUGCUAAACAUCAUCAACACCUCAUGCAAUCUGCUUCCAUGUUACCUUCGCCUUACAAUUUUUUACCAUCAGUUUUUGCAAAUGCGCAGUUGGAUAUACCAUUAUUCCGACCUCCUGAAUCAAAUUUGGGAGCAAUGUAUCUAAGCCAGUUAGCGGCAGCAGCAGCUCUAAAUCAGGGUCAGAAUAGCAACAACGGUAGCACCACAAAUGAACAAGAAGAAACCGUUGGUGAAAAUAAUAAAGCAGAAGUAACAGCGUCAACUUCAUCAGAAGUGGCGACCUCUCCAUGUGAUGCCGAGUCACCGUUAUCACCCAAGCCAUUUGGUACUGUGGAUAGAGAAAUGGAAUCUACAAACGAACAGGAUUCUGUAGAUGACACUGCACUAAGCUCACCGAAAGUAAAUACUGAGGAUAUUACCCUGACAGAGAACGAAAAUUUGCAACCUCCAUCAGCAUCGGAGUUACAGCAACUUGAUCUUUCAAAGUGGAUCUCUGAUUUUUUUCCAGGAUUGCCAAAUAAUGUCUCCGCCCUAAACAUGGCUGCUUUAACACAACGAAUGCCAACCAUGCUGGAGCAGAUGCAGCUAAUGAAUCAGUAUUUCUCUCCCGGAUCAGUUGAAGACUCUCUCCGAGUCCUAGCAGCACUUGGUAGUACCAAUGGUUCUGCGGGUAUGGUUCCAUCAGCAAAUUGCAGCCCAGGCUCAAUCCUCAAUUCACCAUUUGCUAGUAGUGCUGGGCAUUCGAAGGAUACUUAUUGCGAAAUAUGUGACAAGAAUUUUUGCAAUCGCUACUUUCUUCGAACACAUAAGUGGAAAAAACAUGGCAUUCCAUUUCCGGGCAAAAACUCACCAUCCGAAUGCAAUGUAACAUCACUAGCGUCACCAAGUGUUUCACAGAACCUUCCUCUGGAUUUGCCGACUACCUCGACGGGAAUGAAUAUUAGUCCAGCUGAGUUUAUCGCUGCACUUUGCAAUCAGAAUGUACUGGAAGCUUCACAGAUAUCUCCUUCAAAAACGACUUCAUCUCAACCGACUUCUGUUAUUGUCAAUUGCUUAUCUAGUGCGGACUCAUCACCCAGUAAACGAGCGAGAGUGAAUGAGGAAGGAAGUAAUGAUGAUGAGUUACUCGGUGGAGCCAGGUCGGAGAGUGUCAGGAUUGAUGAAGAAGCACUUGCUAGCGUCGCAAGUCAGUUACCAAACACAGGUGAUUUAUUUGCUAUGAUUGCUCGUCAGGCUCAAGAGAAUGCGAUUGCGCAGGAACUGCUAUCGUCAUUUAAAGGUGAUGGGAUACAUGCACAACAACAGUCAUCACCAUCAAGACAUUCAUCGGCUAAUAAAGAAGCAUGCGAAAUGUGUGGACAGGAGUGCGAGAGCCGAGCUACCCUGCAGCAUCAUUUGUUAUUGCAGCAUAAUAUCUUGAACAGCUUUCUUAACUCAUUCAACUUAUUGUCUCCAAUGGGUCAGUUACAGCCACAACAACAGUCACAGAAGCAGCAAAAUAAUCAAAGUAUUGAUGCAGAUCGACCUCGUAAUUCAGCAAUUGCACCAGGAAUGGUUACGUCGCCCAUUAGUGUUUCACGACAGCCGAAAAAACAAUAUACAACAACGGGCAAAAAUUACUGCGAUGUUUGCAACAAGGAAGUAUGCAACAAAUAUUUCCUUCGAACGCAUAUGCUCAAAAUGCACGGCAUUGUCAUUGAUGAACAUAAAACGAUAAUUGCGAACAUCGAUACUUUAGAGAAGGAAAAAUCUGGCACGAUCGCUUUUCGCUGCGAUAUUUGUAAUACAAAUGUGGGGCAGACUCGUGAAUCUCUGAAGCAACACAAACAAGAAGUUCAUAAUGUUGUGUCAUUACCAACGUCUCGUGGUCAUCGCGGAUCUCUAAGUUCUACCUCAAGUAUCACCAGCACAUCGACUCUCAGCCAAGCCCUUAAAACUUCAGAUCAAAGUGGAAAUAAUAUUGAUCAAUUGCGAUGUCCGUUCUGUGAUAUAAGAACCGCUGGUGUGGUUGCAAUGCAGAAACAUCUUAGCGAGAAACACAGAAUGGAUAUGGGCUUAGAAUCAGUAGAGGGUUUCUUGAAGGAUGCGUAUGAUAUUAAAAUCGGGCAAAGUGCUGCAACUCUUGAUGGGUCUCUUACAACGAACUUACAGCAGCAAGAACGAGGUGAAUUUACCUGCUUGCACUGUGCAGAUAUAUUCAGUGAUCAAAUUCAAUUUCAGCUGCAUAUGAUCCAUAAUCAUCCCCUGGUUAUACGUAGUCCAGAUGAGACGGGUUCUCCUGCAGUGACAGUUCAUGGUAUGGAGCAGCUUUGUACACAGUACAGUUUCCAGUCCUCUAGUAUGGCAGAUUCAUGGGUUGAUUCUGAGAGGAAAAUUGCAAAUAGAAGCGCAGAAAGCAUGAGAGAGGACGAAACAUUAGGAGAUGAGCAUGGAGUGACUCAUAAAGUUGAGAAAUUUUUUGAUUGCCCGAUAUCAUGGUGUUCACGACGAUAUCGUAAUCCUGUUAUACUGAGUAAACACAUUUCUGUUGUUCAUCAGUGGAGACUGAAGUUUUCACCGAAGAAUGGAAAGAAUAAAUCUCGUGAUGUUAUCGUGUCUCGUAAAUUAUGGAAGAAGCGCUAUAUUUGCUUGUUCGAAGGCUGCAAAUAUCGCUUUUGGUCACGAGACAAUUGCGAAAAACAUCUUUUGUGUCACAUUGGGAACCAAACAAAUAAAACAAAAUCGAAAGGACCAAUAGUGAAUGGUUCGACAGAAAAUGGGCGAAGUCAAGAUGUCAGUAAAUUGUUUGGAAUGAGAAAAGGGAAAAUCGUGUUGAAUAUAAAAAAUGGUAAUCGAGAAGAGCAUGAGCGAAAUACUUAUACUCCAAACUCGUUAGAUUUGGAUGUGAUGCCAGAAGGACAUGGGCAACUGUCUACAAAUAAAAAACCUUAUACAGUUCAAACAUUUUUGGUGAGAGAGCAAAUAUCUCAAUCAUCUUCCUCAACAAAUAGUGCAACAGCAGCAGUAGGUGUUUUUGAUGAAAUGGUUGCACAUUUACCAGUGCGAAACACGGUACAAGAAAUGGUACGAGUGAAUGUGGAACUAGUACCAGCACCUCUACAGAUUUCACCCAUUUUGCAUCUAUGA